AUGGGUUCAUCGAUUAACUAUCCUGGGUUUGUAGCUAAAAGCGCUCAUUUGGCUGGCUCUACGGAUGCAAGCAUUUCGUGCGAGGAAACAGCAAGCUCGCAGGAAGCGAAGAAGAAUUUCUUUCAGAGAGAUUAUAACAUGAUGAAGAAGGCACCCGCUCCAACGAAGUCUAAACUGUCUUUAGCCCUACAAACUUCCAAAUCAUCGUCUACUGCCAAUGGGACUGUGCAAGAAGGUAUUUCCUCGAAGACAGAAGAUCUUUCUACAAAUAGCGCCAAGAAGAAACAAGGCAGUGACAUUGAAUCGCAUGUAUCAAUCCAAUCGGAUUCGGGCCCACAUUCAGACUCAGAUUCGGAUUCAGAUUCCUCCAUCUCAUCUUGUGACGAAAGAAACGAAGAGUCUUUGAAAGAUUACAGGCCGGGUGGGUACCACCCCGCAUUUAAAGGCGAGCCCUAUAAGGAUUCACGCUACAUUUUAGUAAGAAAACUGGGAUGGGGCCACUUCUCUACCGUUUGGCUGGCGAAAGAUACGCUAAACAAUACGCAUGUUGCUAUGAAGAUUGUUCGGAGUGACAAAGUUUACACUGAAGCUGCUGAAGAUGAAAUUAAGCUCUUGCAAAGGGUGAACGAUGCUGAUAAUACAAAGGAGGAUUCCAUAGGAGCUAAUCAUAUUUUAAAGUUAUUAGAUCAUUUUAAUCAUAAGGGCCCUAAUGGUGUUCAUGUGGUUAUGGUAUUUGAAGUCCUCGGUGAGAACUUACUAGCUUUGAUCAAGAAAUAUGAACAUAGGGGCAUUCCACUAAUAUAUGUCAAGCAAAUAUCAAAGCAGUUAUUGCUUGGUCUUGAUUACAUGCAUAGGCGGUGUGGUAUUAUACACACAGACAUUAAACCAGAAAACGUGUUGAUGGAGAUUGGAGAUGUGGAGGGUAUCGUCCAGAUGGUCGAGGCACUGGAUAAACAGAAAAGAGAAGCAAAAAGGUUGCAGAGGCAUGUUUCACGAUCUUCUGAUGCUACCACGAAUGAUAGUAGUGAUGAGAAGUGGGCGGAAUGCCAAACAAGUGUGCCCUCCGACUCAAACUCAAACUCCAAAUCUCGUUCUAUUGAGAAGGACUUGUCUAAAAGGUCAUGCUUUAGAAGGCCAAGACGUCAUACAAUCAUCACAGGGUCGCAGCCAUUACCUUCCCCCAUUAGUUCAUCAAAUUUCUUUGAAAUGAGAGCGCACUUUUGUGGCAGUAGUCACAAUAGCUUUUCAUCCGUAUCUGGGAAUAGGAAUAUACCAUCUUCCGUCAAUAAUAAUAGUAUUAGUAAUGGCAUCGGCAUUAAGAAUAACAACAACAAUUUCUUAAAUUCAAUACCACAUUCUGUGACAAGGAUGUUCGUAAAUGAAAACAGUAACGAUAACAAUAACAAUGAUAGUAAUAAUAACAAUAAUGAUUAUAUUAACAAAAAUAAUAGCAACAAAAACAACAGUGAUCAUGAUGAUAUAAUGAACACACCAUUGCAUGAAGAGCAGCUGGCAGACUCUUUAUCUACAUUUGAUAUUUCCAACAUAUCACAAAGCUCCGUCACAAACGGUCCAUAUAUAUCCAAUACUAUGGAUUCAAAUUCAAACGUUAGUUCCAAUAUUAACUCUCCAGAAAACUUGAUCCAGAUCAAAAUUGCUGAUUUAGGUAAUGCUUGUUGGUAUGACGAACACUAUACUAAUUCCAUACAGACAAGAGAAUACAGGUCACCAGAGGUGUUACUAGGUGCACCGUGGGGUUGUGGUGCGGAUAUAUGGUCUACUGGUUGUCUAAUUUUUGAAUUGAUCACCGGUGAUUUUCUUUUUGAACCGGAUGAAGGCCAUUCUUACACUAAGGAUGAUGACCAUAUCGCACAGAUCAUUGAGUUAUUGGGGGAAUUACCAUCAUACCUUUUGAGGAACGGCAAAUAUACAAGAACUUUCUUCAACUCAAGAGGGCUUUUAAGAAAUAUUUCGAAAUUGAAAUUCUGGCCCUUGAAAGAUGUUUUAACUGAGAAAUACAAAUUCUCUAGGGAUGAAGCGAAGGAGAUAUCUGACUUUUUGACGCCUAUGUUACAGCUGGACCCAAGGAAAAGAGCUGAUGCAGGCGGCUUAGUUAACCACCCAUGGCUCAAAGAUACUUUAGGUAUGGAAGAAAUUCGGGUACCUGAUAGAGAGUUGUAUGGAAGUGGUUCCGAUAUUCCCGGAUGGUUUGAUGAAGUUCACGAUAAUAAAAGGCAUUGA